GGGGAUGGACCUGGUAAUCCGAGGAAUCGCUCUUUGAGUUAUACUGAGUAUGGACGUUCUGCACAAUCUAUGAAGUUUAGCUACGCUCGUUCGGAGUCGUUGUAUGCUGCUCUUUUCUUCUUUCGCUUCGGAAAUCUUUUUACCAAUGUCAUUCGGAAAUUUAAAACGCCCAUAUUUCUUUUUGACGUUUGGACGCCCCAAUUUCAGCAAGGAAUCCCGCUUGACACUGAGGCCAUAGUCACUUGAUUUCGUGAAGUUUCCGCGUUUUAUAUUCAAUUAUCAGAGUCUCUAUCGCUAGCCGUGGGGAAGCAAGCGGGCGGAAGGAUCUGACCGCUCCUCUCCUCGCCGCUGGAGGCUGGAUCAUUCCACACAACGCCCCUCUCCUGUACAUCAACGAUUCCACACCGACAGCAAGGACAAUCCUAUUUGUACAUGACCUUACGUGAAACAUUCUAUUUACAGCGUACGAGUCUAUUUUCGACAGAUCGGAUGAUAAUUGCCUGCUUGCGCGAUUCUGGAUACUUUCCACAAUUUCCACGAACUCAAUCGAAUGCAAGGGGAGAUUUAUUUUCAGCUUCGACAGAGGGGAAAUUUUUAUAUUCGCCCAACCGGCCUAUCCUUGCUGCAGCACGCCUCUCGAUUGCUUUGGGAUCACAACCCACGAGGCUGACAUUGCGUUGACGGCGUGUGUUUGCUGUGUCACAUAAAUAAAGGUGCAUUACAAGUUGGGUGCGGCGCGGCAGGUACAGUUGGGUCAGUACAGAGUUGGGCCACCUUCAUGAGCAUGGCCUGAAUAAAUGGCGUGUUUGCAUAUACGUACAUAUGUACAAAUUGCAAUCAUAUCACAAGUAUUCAAUGUUACAGAAUAACUGUUGUAUAACGGGUUUAUGUCCGUUAUCCGUGAGAGCAAUAUGCUGUGCACAAUAUGUACUCUAUAUACGUACAAUAUGUCUUGUCUAACAUUGGAAAAAAAGAGAGGAGACGAAAGACAUACAUACGAAGUACAAGGAGAAACAACUAUUUCGGAUUUGAGCAUGAACAACUAAAAAAUGGAAUAUCCAAAGAAUUCGCCAAGGAUUUUCCCUUUCUCGAGCAACAAUAUAAAUGCCUGUAUGUAUGGUGGUUCUUUGCGAAUCCGGUGAGCAGCCAUUUGUUUGCUAUAUUGCUAUGAUCAAGACCUGGUCUAUGUCUCUUAGAAUCCUCUUCUUGUGGUCUUUUGUGCACUGGAUCAAGUAAGGAUCUUCCAUGGAUAUCGCAAACAAGGUCGAUUCAUUGGUGAGAGCUCGUGCCUGCAUACUAGGAAUAUCAAGACCCUUGAAUCAAACCCCUUGUGCUUCCAGAAUGGACGUGGAGAUCUCUAGGCAAAUCAAGAAUCAAUAUUGAUAAUUUUGAUUCAUGACGAUUAAAAAAUACAUAAUGGGUUAACAACCGUACCUUACCUCAAUGGAGGAAAAAUGGACAAAGAGAGACAGCGAAAGAGAGGGACCCAGGGCCGGCGGUUACUGUGAUCAGCGAAAGCAACGGGUCUCAAUAUCAUUGAUCAGAAUCAUCAGAUGAACCUCUUGGGUCUUUCCAAUCCUUCUGCUUUCUCUCCACAUGUUCUCUGAACCGCUUUCUCCAGUCUUUCGAAUUGCUCUUAAUUGUGCAAUAUAAUUUGUUCGAUUCGACUGUUCGUCUGUUCGUCAUCUCAUAUGCCAAGUAAGUCAUAACGAAAUCAAGUUACCUUACUUUUCUAUGCCCAUAUCGAUCCAUAAGAUCCAUAGAACCAUACCCAUACCGUACCAAACUUUUGAGCUACCUGGUCGAUUCAGGUCCGGGGUUGCACACACCAUACGCGGCAAGAACCCAAUAGCCUUUAUAUCUGGAGUCCCGUCGUAAGGAGAUUCGUUCGGAUCGUGUUGCAUGAUGCAUUAGUUGGAGACAACAAAUCUGAAAGAGCCACUCCAGUCUUACCAUCUUCUGAAUCCUUCUGGACUUGAUAUUCAGUCAUGGCGUCCAAUAUGAAGGAACGAAACUUGAACAUCACUCCCAUCUACUCUCUCCCAGCUCCAUCACACAAUUCGACUUCGAAUAUCUUCUCACCGACUGCUCUUUCGAAACCGUCUUUCGAUAUUCGUCCCGAAUCUUCGCCGGCUCUUCCAUCGUCAAGUCUAUAUCGCAGGAAUCACAAGGAAAUGGCAUUGUGCGGGGAAUACUUUACAACUCAUGAAGAGUUUCAUGCUCUUCCACCUGCUCUAAAACGAAAGUAUUUCUCAACUCUGGAGCGUCUUCGAUUCGCACAAAGCUCGAGGUCAAAUGCCCUCAAUGAUCUUCCCACACAGAAUACCCGUAGAACUUCUAUUGCCGACCGACGUGGCUUGAAGAUUUCAGAGCUCGAGCCCCGACGCAGACCUUCGAGACGAUUAAAAAAGAAGAAGGAACAUUCAAUAUCCAAUAGUAAUGAUAGAUCUUGGUUUUUAAGCAAUUACGAAACAUUUCCGGAGACAAUCAAAAGAAAACAAUUCUCGAGCGAAGAACAAGCAUUAUUAGCAAGCAGGAUACGUGAAGCAGUUAUAUUGGAUGCGGCGGACGAAAAUCUCAUAAUACGAAGACGAUCUCGUCGCAUGGCGUCAGAUCCACCGGUAUUAUCUCCAAGCGUUAGAGGUUCUGUUUUCAGUGGAAAAACUAGCGGGACUCGAAGGAGAGCCUCGAUGUCUAGUAUGGCCGAUACGUUUCUUGACAGUUUCCAAUGGAUCGACGAUGAGUCUAAGUUAGAUCUUCAUUUGGAUGAUUAUCAUGCUUCAAUAUUUCCUUCUCUAAAAAGCGACCGGAAGCCAUCAUUUCGACGACAAAUGUCGAUUUCAAAGCUUCCUUUCGGGCGAAGCUCGAUAUCUUCUAUCACACCCAAAUCUCCGAAUCCCACAUCACCUGCCUUCAGCACACAUUCCCGCUCGGCUACAUCAAUAACAGGACCAAGGCAUGCCGCAAAACACAAAGUUAAUUCAUCGCUCUCGUCGAUAGACCCUAAUGCCACCUAUUACCAAGACCCGGAAGCACGACUAAAGCUAAGAGUAUACUUAGCGUCACCGCAAAAAUUCGAUGAGAUAAUCGAGUUUGGAUUUCCAUCCAUGGAUGCAGCGAUGGGUGCAUCAGAGAAGGAAAAUAAACCCUCAAGAUUAAUAUCGAAACGUUCGUCGAGAGAUAUGUUGAGGCGGAAGGCAUCGAGUCCAGCAUUUGAACAUUCAUUCUUUAAUGACGAUACUGCUUCACUAUUCGAAGACGACAAAUCGAUGGCUGAUUCUGAAGCACCCAUAACACCCCUGGAAUAUGAAAGCGGAUAUCCACUACAGCGAUCUCCAUUUUAUUAUACUGGCAAGCCUCUUGCGGAUUUUCAAUCUGGGCCCAAUAAACUACCUAGCAAACAACAAGACCCUUAUACACAAGUUAUGGCAGGAAAUCGAGAACCUACGUUAAGAAUGACGCUUACACGGCAGGAUCUGAGAGAUGAGAGCGCAAUAUAUGGAUGGCAAUCGAAGGAGCCGCUUGUAAUGGAGGAUCUAGAGAAUCAUAGGUAUCCGCGGGGACCUAUGGGUGGAGCGGAUGGUUGGGGGCCACCGGUCGAGAAGGAAAAUGGGGUGGUAAAGAGGUUUUGGAAGAGGGUGAAGAGUCAGCGAAAGACUUCGUGAUAUGGUAUCUAGAACAGAAGAAAAGGGAAUCUUUGCAGAUGGAGUUAUUUAGCGGGCGAGCUUGUAUCUUUAAAGAAGCGUUUGCUUUGUAUUUACCUCUCUUUUGUUGGAGGCUCGCGUGCAUGGCAGGCUGGUUUUGCAUAGCGAUUGAAUGGAUACUAGGGAUUUUAAAUCAAUAAUUGAGAACAAAAGUCUUGAAUUGAAAGAUUGUAUCGUUUGGAAUGAUGUGAAUGUUUGUGUAUGUGCCAUGCAAUUCGCCUUCU